AGGCUGGCGAACAUGCCUCUGAUGUCCACUACGAUUUCCAGACCAACGACUGCGGGUUACAGACCCCUCUCACCCUAUACUGACGAUGUCACGACCUUCGCGAAUGAGCUACUCUGUCUGCGAUACGCUGAGUCUGAUCCCGCGUCCGCGCCGCCAUCUCCCGCAUCGAUAGAAUCUUUCGAUGUCCUAGACAGCGUACCUUGGCGACGAAGCUACGUUUCACUAGACUCAAGAAGGAGCCGGAGCAACACAGGUGAUAUGUUACGGAGACGAUGGAAGGAUAAAACAGCGUAUAUUAUUGCGAUAAUGCUGUUCUGCACGCUCUUCGUAAUCGGCUGCACACUCGGUGGAUAUCUAGCCAUCAAACACAAGAAAGAAAAGCUCAGAGAUAGUGGAUAGAGGCUUUGAGUUUUCAAACCAAGAACUCUCCUCUAGCUAUAACUACAACCAUCAAGCUCUAGCGAUACCACGACACUAAGGGGUUUGCAAGAACUACAGCGACACUGGUUGUAAUGGUUUCAGUCCCGUUCCCGGGUGCAAACCAUCAGGUAAGACGGUCAAUGCGAAGGUCUGCAUAUUGAGUUUUCAGUAUGCUCUAGGACGUUGGUGAGCACAUUUGCCUCGACAAAUUAAACUCCAACCUCUAUUGCCACGAGAAGGGCCACAUCGCAGCCUCAGGUAGAGGACGUCACACCGGCGCCAAAUACGAAAAGGCUCUGUAAUCCACUCCCUGAAUACUCUCAUAGAAAUAUUCAACCCCUCGCUCCCAC